CCACCGCACAUUUCAAACUUACAUACCCCCCAACUCGAGGAUUCGACGAGCGAAUUUGGCUCACUUCCCAACUUCGACCGUGUGGCGGUGAUGCGCAUCCAGGCGGUUUCAACACCGUAGGCACCCGUACACCAUUCGCACUGGGAGAUGGUUUUAUCAAGCUGGAAAGCGAGCAUGAGGAAGCGAAUGGUGAGCUCUCUUUGAUGCGGCAUUUCCGCUAUGGCCCCUUACUCACCGAAACCUCCUUUUACCCCCUCGGCCCACCAGUUCUCGUUCUAAUCUCUUUUGCCCCAAAUCCGAGCAAUAUCAAGAACUUUACUACAGCAUCCGAUGGGUCCACUCAAGCCCCAGUGCGCGAUUGGUUCCGAGUGGAUGGGUCUGACCUUUGCAUCGGGGUUGAUAUUCAGUCCCUCGGUUAUGCAAACGGCACGGAUGGCACAAAUGCAACGAUUGCGGUCCAGUAUUCUGGUGGUGAUG